GCACAAUAGUUUCGAUCGGACUCAAUGGCCUCGACUGACCGGCAUAUUCGUUGAAAGAAGUGCACAUAUACCCUACAAAAUUGCAUCCUUCACUGCACAAUUCCCGCAUCGCCAAUCUGCGACUGCAUCAUCCCUAGGGCGCACUAGGUUCCUUUACUGCACCGUCCACAUCGGCUGGUGUGGCUGUGCCCAAUUGGGCAUUCGAAGCGUGGUUCGCGCGCCAAACGCCAAACGCCGGCUCUUUCAAAGUCGCACCUGCCUGCAUCCGAUCCUCCGACAACAGCCUCGUCGCGGCUCGACAUUUAUCCUCCCAAAACCGGCACACAUCCUUGUACAACUCGUUUUCCUCGCGUCAAGGGCUUUAGGACACAUCGGAUUGACAUGUCUGACUCUGAGGACCCCCUCGACGUCGUCGACGAGGGUGGUGACGACCUCUUCGGAGACGAGGGCGACGAGGAGACAUCAUCGCCUCGGGAGCGCGUUCGAGAAGAUGAUGAACCCACCCCGGACGCUGGUGGAGAUGAUGAUGAUGACGCUCAGCGCGGUCGCUACGACGAUUCUGAGCCUCGAGAGACGCGGAACAGGGUCGUGAUUGAGGAGCAAACGUACCGCCACCGGACCCCGAAGCCCUCGGACGGUAUGCUGCGAGUGUUGAAGGUGCCCAAGUUCAUCAAAUUCAUGCCUGAAGUCUACGCGCCCGACACCUUCGAGCCCACCGAGUUCGACAUCGCAAACGCCAAGUCCGACCAACCCCGGAACGUCGCCCGAGUCCGGCGAGAUCCCACCACGGGCGAUCUCAAGAGCAACACCAACGUCUAUCGGUGGAGCGACGGCUCCGUCACCAUGUCCGUGGGAGGCGAACACUACGAAAUAUCCAAAAAGUCCCUGUCAACCGCCCCGGGCCAGCCGUACAACGAAUUGCAGGACGCUCAUUACUACGCCGCCGCCGCCGAGCUUGGUAGCAACAUGCUCAUGACGGUCGGUCACCUCAUGGAGCAGUACACGGUCAAGCCGAGCAAGGCGAUUGGAGAUGAGGCCCUGAGCCUCUUCGCCGAGAAAAUGGCACUGGCGAACAAGGGCACCAAAGGCGAGGACAUGAUCAUCCGCACCACCAAGGACCCCGAGCUGCAAAAGAAGACUGCCGAGCUCGCUGAAAAGGAAAGACUCAAGGCUCAGCGGCGGCGUGACAACGCGGCGGCCAAGAUGGACGCUCCGGGACGCUCCGGCCGCGGUGGCCUGUCCAUCGGCGACCUGGAGGGUCGCGCCGGCACAGGGCGGAAGAGGGGUGCCGCGGGCGCCGCCAAGCCCAAGCGCCGUCGGCCCGAGUACGACUCGGACGACGACUUGCCGCAAGGGGUCGGCCGACAUGAGGACUACGACAUGGAUGAUGGGUUCCUUGUGGGCAGCGACGAGGAAGAAGAGGUGGAGACCGGAGCCGAUGAUGACGACGAGGAAAUCCUCGAGGAGAAGGAGAAGGAGGACGACCGCGACCGUCGCCGGAACAAGAGACAACGAACAGCAGAGCCGACUGAAGACGAGGACGCCGAGGGCGAUGAGAUCGAGCCCGCCGCCGAGGCCUCCAGCCGCGCUAGAAGACGGAAUAUUGUCGACGAGGACGAGGAUGAGGACGAGAAUGAAUAGCAGGCGUUCAUGCACCGGAGGCUAGGCAGGCACUAUUUGGUCUCAACUUUUCGCUUUCAAAGUCUACAACUGUAUCGUAUCCUUCUCGUGAGAUAGGCAAAAGGCGGUCCUAAGCUAGGGCCAUGCCAUGACUGGUCGGGAAUGCAAAGAGGCAUUUGAAGUUCGAGGAAGGGUCAAGGGUUCCUGAUGCAUGCGACUGUCCCUGGCGAUUCCCACUCCACUAGUACGACCAGCUGCUCAUCGUCU